UCAGUAGUACAGAAAUUUAUGCAAAGUGCUCAAAGAGCCAUGUGCCACUCCAGAUCUAUCUCCAUCGGCACAGAGCCCAGCCCAUACCAACAUCCAUAUAUCCAUAUCCAUCCGUUGCCACAUGUUGGCGCUCAUAAUUUUUACGCCAUUAGACAACUUUGUGCACAAACUCAUUAAAAUGUACUUGAGUCCCUCGAAACGAAAUGGAGAUGGCACUGCUGCUGAUGUGACUGGAUCCCGGCUAAUUUGUCGAGCAGCGUCAAAUGACAAGGAACAGGCAACAGUCUGUGCUUCCCCCCUUCCACAUUACCCUUCGCUCCACAUCUCCUCUAGAAUUUAGCAUCCAGAAUCCAUAGACAUGUGGCGCGAUUUGACAUUUUGAGGCGCAACAAGAUAGAUUGACGCGAAAAGAUGCUACGCUGGUCGUAAUAAAGUGGAGUGCGGAUGGAAAUGGCAAUGUCAGUGGCGCAGACAUUACGCAAUUUGAGACAACUCAAGCAAACACUCGAGUGCCGACCGCCUUUGGGAUGAUUAUCGUUAUGAUUAUGAGCCCGAUGAGUUUGUCUCGCUGUCUUGCUCCCCAGAAUGUGGCUGCCAAACAUAAUGAAGAUGGUAGACAGGCGCUGCGGAGUCGUCACACACCACUUGGCUGCAUCCAACCAGGUCCUAGAAAGUAAGAUAGUUUGCCGAGUGUGCGGAUGAGCAGGUUCUCGGUUAAAACUAAAAGCUAGCCCUAAUUAGUGACUAAAAGGUAAUCUUCAUUUAGAGCUAUUAAGCACAAAUAACAACCUUAAGAAACUAUAAACAUUUGGUAAAAUAAACCAUCAUCAUAAAAACUCAAAAUAAAUUUCAAUAAAAACCUGGAACUUUGUUAUUCCUAAGACAACAAUGAAUCAAUUCUGAAGUCAACGGAACACGAUAAGAUAUACUUUCAUUAGAUAUAAAUAAAAAACAAUUAACCAAUUAUGCUUUAUAUUUGUAUGUGAAUCGGCUCUCGGGCAUUCCCACUUUUACCUUAAGAUUCAAAAGCAAAAAAAAAAGAAACUAUUUUUAUUCCACCUCCCGUUGUUGGUGACCCGAAAAAGUCCCCCAAUGUGACUGAUCAUGAAUCACAGUCAAGGCCAAGCUACCAAUUGAAUCGAAUCGAGUAGAAUCGGUGAAGACACAUGUAUCUAUAAACUGAUUACAAAGUCAUUUACUUAUCAGCUCGGUAUCAGUUUCGCCAGCUUCGGUCCACAUUUGUCCGAUUUAAACACGAUUGUGGACAACUGGUGGGGUUCAGUAACGAACGAGCAACGAAAGGAAUACCAUCUAUAUUCUAAGAAUGAGUGGAUUGCAACCCCCUUAUGUGGGUGCAGUUCCUGCGCCACCGAAUGAGACCAUAGUCAUCGCCACAGCACCACCACCAGAGCCUCAAAAACCUGCAGCUUCAACCUUUAAAAGUGGACACUUUGCCAAAUUUAACAGACAACAAAAUGCGGCUUAUGCAGUAUUCUUUCUACUCAUUUAUGGUGGCAUGGAUAUGGCCGCCAGUCUGGGUUGGAAUCCGACCUACAACGUUCUCUUAUUCACGGAGUAUUCGUACUGUUGGUUCAUAGGUGUUAUUAUUGGAGCAUUGGCCGCUACUUUCACCAUGACAUUCCUCCCUAAGGAGGUCUACUAUGUCAUUGGAGCUCUGACGCAGCUAACUGGCUCGGUUAUAUUCACCGCAGUUCCCGACGACUAUUCAGCCUGCCUGGCUGCUCGCUAUGUGGCCGGCUUGGGCAUUGGCCUCAUCACAGUGCCCUUCCUUAUCCACAACGCUGAGGUGGCGGCCAACAACCAGCGCGGCUUCACCGCCGGAAUGGAGCAGUGCGGCCUGGCCCUGGGAAUCGCCAUCCAGGUGAUCUUCACCGCGGAGUGGGAAGGAAUUAACAUUAAUUUGGUGCACGGAAUCUUAGGAAUUAUAUUCUCGUUGUUUGGUCUGGCGAUGACUGUCCUCACAAUUGAGUCACCGGUGUUUUAUCUUCGACGGAAUCAGGAGACAGCCGCCAGAAGGAGUCUGCAGAAGCUACUGGGUGCCUCCUCCAAUGGCGUUAGUAGAGCCCUCGAUGAGGCCAAGAUCUAUGUGGCGGAGAGUGAUAACCGGAGUUUGGGCGAGGAGCUGAUGGCCUCCGUGAUGCCCUUCCUGAAACUGCUCUUCUUCCGCUGCUUUGUGGCCUUCUCCUUCUCCUUGCCACUGACCACAUCGAUCAUCUCGAGCACCGCCGUUGCGGAAAUGGACCUAAGUGUCUGGCCAAUGUACGUAUUUGGCAUACUGCGUCUGAUUGGAACCCUGGUUGCCUUGUGCUUCCUGGACACUUUGGGUCGCAAGGCAGUAUCGCUCGUGGGACUGCUCUGCAUGGCCGGAUUAAUGCUGGGACUAGCUGGUCUCUAUGCCAACAUGGACAAUAUUAUUGACUUUUACUACAUGGAACAGGCCUGCAAUAUCGGAAUGGCUUUCCAGGCCUUCGCAGGACUCUUCGUCUGCAGCUCAUCCACGUACAUGGGUGAGGCCUUUCCUUUGAAGGUGAAAACGGGCCUCGUCGGGUUCAUCGUCAUCAUGGAGCAGGUCAUCCACGUCAUCGUAGUGGCCUGCUUUAAUUCCGUGACCAGCAAGGACUACCUUUUCCCCUACUUUUUGUCCGUGGGCAUCAUCAUGGCGCUGGGCGUUAUUUUCUUUGCGGUCUCCAUGCCGGAAACCAAGAAAAUGACGCUGCGAAACGCUGGCCAUCGCUUUCAGAGGUGGUACGAUGUAACGAUCUACUAGUUUUUAAGAUCCCCACUGCGAAACUCAUUACAACUAUAUACAUUUCGUUUAAUAAAAUUAGUUUAACAAUAAAUGUUUACUACAAUGUCUUUAAAAAAAUUGACAAAAAAAGUAAAAUGCAUAAGAUUAAUAUUUUAAUGUUCUAUAAUACUACAUUUCCUGUAAGGAUGUAUCUAUUUUUACGUUGUGUUAACAACGUCUUUACCAAGAAAAUUCGCUUAUU